UUGGCCAGUUCUCCCGCCAAAGAAAGUGUCCUGAUUGAUAGAUUUGGUGUAAAUUGUGUCAGGAGAUUUAAUUUUCUUGUUGCUAAUUCAUCUCUUCCUGUUUUUGGAUUCGAAAUAUUUCCGUAACGCAAAAUAUUCUUCUAUUGUUAAGAUGUGGGACAGUAUGAAUGAUGGUGGUUUUGGUAAAAGCCGUUUUGAUCAAUCUGCUGGUGGUGGUGGUUUUCUGAAUACAUCUUCUGCAACUUCCCCAGGUGCUGGUGAAAAACGAAAAGGUGAAAGAUUGACAAAUGUAGUGCCUUGCACAAUAGCUCAGGUACUACAAAUGCAAGAAGCUGAUGAGAAUCUAAAAGUUGGAAGUCUUUCAGCUAAAAUUAUUACAUUUGUGGGACUCGUGCAGACAGUGGAUGUCCAAACUACAAAAGUCACUUACACGAUUAGUGAUUGUACAGCUCCACCCAUUGAAGUUCAAAUUUGGACUGGUGAAAAUGAAGAUAUGAGUAAGAAAGCCAGCAUCAUUCAAGAAAAUACUUAUGCUCGAGUUACAGGAGCAGUCAGAUCUCUGAAGGGAAAGCGUUACGUUGUUGCAUUUAAUAUUGUACCUAUCAAGAAUGCCAAUGAAAUAACUAUGCAUAUUGCUGAAGUUAUUCAUACAUCUAUAUCUGUGGCUGUUAUGGAUAAGCAG